GUUAUUCUGUGAAAUAACUCGAAUUUCAAAUCAUUCACUUGCUUCAACUACUCAUGCUAUGGAUGUGGGAGCAUCAACUCCGUUCCUUUGGGCUUUUGAGGAGCGGGAGAAAUUGUUGGAAUUCUAUGAAAGAGUCCCGGGAGCCAGGAUGCAUGCCAGUUUCAUACGACCUGGUGGAGUGGCACAAGAUCUGCCUCUUGGCUUAUGUCGAGAUAUUGAUUCCUCCACACAACAAUUUGCUUCUCGUAUCGACGAAUUAGAAGAGAUGUCAACCGACAACCGUAUCUGGAAACAACGAUUAGUGGAUAUUGGUACUGUCACUGCACAGCAAGCAAAGGAUUGGGGAUUCAGUGGUGUAAUGUUAAGAGGUCCUGGGGUAUGCUGGGAUUCGCGAAGAGCAGCACCUUACGAUGUUCAUGACCAAUCGGAUCUUGACGUACCAGUAGGUACCAGAGGAGAUCGCUAUGAUCGUUACUGUAUUCGUAUCGAAGAGAUGCGACAAAGUGUUCGGAUCAUUGUGCAAUGUCCUAAUCAAAUGCCUAGUGGCAUGAUCAAAGCCGAUGAUCGUAAGCUAUGUCCUCCAUCACGAUCUCGAAUGAAACUAUCCAUGGAAUCCUCAAUUCACCAUUUCGAACUUUAUACAGAAGGUUUUUCCGUACCAGCUCCUUCUACCUAUACCGCAGUUGAAGCACCUAAAGGUGAAUUUGGUGUCUUUCUUGUCAGUAAUGGGAGUAAUCGUCCCUACCGUUGUAAAAUAAGAGCACCUGGCUUUGCCCAUUCACAAGGACUCGAUUCUAUGUCCAAACAUCACAUGCCAGCAGAUGUAGUCACCAUCAUAGGUACUCAAGAUAUUGUGUUUGGAGAGGUAGAUAGAUAGGACGUAGUCUUGCUCGAUCAGGACCCUUGCUUUAUUGCGAGCCAAAACAGCUGCGCUAUUCAGUUCUA